AUGAUUGUAUGCGCAGGAGGCAUUUACUUUCGGGAUCGCAAAAUUUUAGAGAGGACGCUGUUUACCUGCCAAUAUUGCUCUACAACCUUCUUGCGCCGAGGCAAUUUAAAUCUUCACAUUUCUGAAGUCCAUGAAGGAUAUGCUAUAAUCAAGUGA